UGGAGAACAAGUAUAUCCAGCUUGAGCUUGACCAAAAGCUUGUCCAAGAGAACUUCACGAAGGUGAAGGAGGAGGCAAAAGAAAAACUGAGGGAUGCUCUGAAGAAGAAGGAUCUUGACCUUGCCGAGGCGCAGAAAACGGCCGCAGACAAGACUAGGCUUGCAGAAGAGAAGUUGGCUUCCAUCAACAAACUUGAAGAAGAAAAUACUAAUCUGAAAGCUGCUCUUGACGUGGCCAACCAAGAAGUCACUCGACUGAAGAAUGCCAAUAUGGUCCUGGACGACAAAGCUGGUGAACUGGCAGGAAAAAAGAAUGACUUGGAGCUUUAUCUGGGAGGACUCGCCAAAAAGAUGUUCCUCAUGCUCGAAGAAUUCUGCCAAAACUUUGAAGAGGAGACUAGUCGAGUGGAAACUGGUUUGGAUCCCAUCAAUUCUCCGGUGAAGGACGAAACUGCUAUGAACGUGCUCCGCCUCGAGUCCCGCAUUGCUGCAGUGGUCGAUUACCUUGCAAGACUGAAGGCCGCUGUAUCGUGCAUCGACACAUCGCUCCGGCCAGAAGAAACACUUCAGAACGACCUUGAGCUUGAUGCCUGA